AUAAUGGGGUUCUUGACUUUGUACAACUUUUAAAGGAUGGAGUCAAAUACUGUUUUUAGUCAAUGUUUUGACUUUCUUACCACUCACAAACCUUGAUGCCCAAGUUGUCUUAGUCUACAGAAAAUAUAUUAAAACUUCCUGGAACAUGUCCCAGUAGCAAAGAAAGACUUAUGAUGGUGCGAACGUACUUACCUUGAAAGGUUCUCAGAUGUCCCAAAGUUUCUGUGGAAGGAUAAGUUAACUUUUUGGGAUAAGAAAACUGCACGAAGCUUCCUGCCUUGCUGAUAUUAAUAAAGUCAGUCAAUGGAGUCAUUGGUCAUCGCUCUGUGUUACACAAUAUAUACAUAACUUCUUAGUUAAUCAUUUCACAUUUUAAAACCAUUCCUUCUGAUCUUGAUCCUCUCUCUCUGCCAUACUAAUGGAUUCUCCUAGUUUAUAUCCUGCAAUAGGCUUCUUGACACUUUUGGUUACAACGUUUCUUAUGGCUUAUAAAAGAUACAAACUCCAUCAAAAUAAAGACAUAAUAGCUUAUUCUUUGUCUCCUUCCUCACUUUCAUCUUCUUUGUCUCAUUCAUCUCUUCCAUCUCUUGUGUCUCGCAACUGGAGACACCAAGUCUUCCCUAGCUUCCGUGGGGAAGAUGUCCGCAGAGGCUUUCUCAGCCACAUUCAGAAAGAAUUCGAAAGAAAGGGAAUCACCCUAUUCAUUGAUAAUGAUAUCGACAGGAGCAAGUCCAUUGGUCCUGAGCUCAUAGAAGCUAUACGAAGAUCGAAGAUAUCAGUUGUCCUUAUCUCCAAGAACUACGCUUCUUCAACAUGGUGUCUGAACGAGUUGGUGGAGAUCAUCAAGUGCAGGAAAGAGUUGGAUCAGAUAGUGAUGAUCGUUUUCUAUGAAGUGGAUCCAUCUGAUGUAAAGAAGCAGUCUGGAGAAUUUGGAAAUGUCUUCGAGAAAACUUGUCAGGGGAAAACAGUGGAGGACGUUGCAAGAUGGAGAGAAGCUCUGGAAGAAGUGGCCAAGAUCGCUGGAUACGACUCAAGGAGCUGGACCAAUGAAGCAGACAUGAUCGAGAAAGUUGCUAAAGAUGUUUCAAACAUGUUAAAUGUUGCUCCACCCUCAAGUGGUUUAGAUGAAUUAGUUGGCAUUGAGUCUCACAUCACGGAGAUAAGUUCAGUUUUGUCCUUAGCCUCAGAUGAAGUGAGGAUGGUUGGAAUCUGGGGUCCUGCAGGGAUUGGAAAAACCACCAUCGCCAGAACUUUGUUCAGCAUAAUCUCUCAUCACUUUACACACACUGCUUUUGUGGAGAGUACAAAGAGAGGGUACAAUGAUGAUACUGCGUUCAAGUUGCGUUUACAAGAACAGCUUCUGUCUCAGACCUUAGAUCAUAAGGAUAUGAAGAUAGAUCACUUGGGUGUGGCUGAAGCACGGCUGAAAGACAAGAAAGUACUUGUAGUUCUUGAUGAUGUUGAAGAAGCAAUGCAGCUACAAGCCAUGGCUUGUAAAACUCAGUGGUUUGGUCACGGAAGCAGGAUUAUCAUUACAACAAAGGAUAUCAAAGUUCUAAAGGCACAUGGGAUCAGCCAUGUUUACCAUGUCGAUUAUCCACGUGGGUCUGAAGCUCUUGAGAUCCUUUGUCUAUCUGCUUUUGGUCAGAAGUCUCCCUAUGCUGGUUUCGAGGAGCUCACCAUGGAAGUUGUAAGCCUUGCAGGCAAGCUUCCUUUAGGUCUAAGUGUGUUUGGUUCAUAUAUGCGAGGAAUGUCCAAAGAUGAGUGGACACAUGCACUUCCUAGACUAAGGACAAGCUUGGAUGGAAACAUUGAGAAAGUAUUAAGGCUCAGCUAUGAUGCUUUAUGCGAUAAAGAUAAAACCCUGUUUCUUCAUAUAGCAUGUUUUUUCAAACAUGAGAAAGCUAAAGACAUGUUAGAGUGUCUUGAGGAGAGUGGCUUGGACGUCAAGCAUGGACUUCAGGUCUUAACUGAGAGAUCUCUCGUUUCUACCAACAGAGUAGGUUACUUGCUGAUGCAUAGUUUGUUACAACAAAUGGGUAAAGAAAUCAUCCGCAAAGAAGACAUAAAUGAGCCUAGGAGACGUAGAUUCUUGAUGGAUGCUCAUGAUAUUUGUAACGUGCUCUCAGACACUACAGUCUCUGGAGCUGUUCUAGGCAUAGAUCUUGGCAUAAAUGCAGUCAAGGAAGAGCUAAGCCUUGACGAGAGAGCCUUAGAAGGAAUGUCUCGUCUUCAGUUCUUAAGAGUCUACAAUGACAACAAACUGAUCUUACCAAGGGGUCUGAACAACCUGCCUCGUAAGCUUAGAUUAUUACAUUGGUACAGGUUUCCCAUGAGUUUUUUGCCUUGUGAGUUUCGUGCCGAGUUUCUUGUCAACCUUAAGAUGCAACACAGCCACCUUGAGAAGCUGUGGGAAGGACCUCCAGCUCCGCUCAGGUGCCUGAAGAGGAUGGAUCUGUCUUACUCUUAUAACUUGAGAAAGGUCCCUGAUCUAUCAAGUGCCACUAAUCUUGAGGCAUUGAUACUCACUGGUUGCAGAAAUCUGGAAGAGCUUCCCUCAUCUGUUAAGAACCUCGAGAGUUUAGUUGAGUUGAGAUUAGAAGGAUGUCCAACGCCGAAGGAUCUUUAUGCGAAGAUCAGCUUGUGGAAGUCUCCUUCUCAAAUCCAUGUCUUUGAGUGCUCAGGGUUGAGAGUUCUUCGUGAUGUGGACACAGCAGGUGUAACAUUGUCUCUGUACUGUGAUACAAAGAUUAAAAAAAUGCCUUCAUGGAUCAAGCUUUUGGCACAUCUUCAUUCAAUAGCAUUGACGAGGUGUCAUAGCCUCAAGGUGUUCCCUAGAGUUCCUAAUAGCAUUCAGGCGCUGGACUUAAGCGAGACAGGAAUCCAAGAAGUUCCUGCAUGGAUCAAGAAUCUCUCACGUCUUACAAGUCUAAGUAUGGUGGGAUGCAAGAAGCUAAAGAUCAUUCCAGCCAACAUCAACAUGGAAUCUCUGUCUUCUCUUGAUCUCAGCCACUGCACAAGAUUGAAAACGUUUCCUGAGAUUUCUACAAGACUUGAGCGUCUCAAUCUGGAGAACACCGGUAUCGAAAAAGUUUCUUUAUCAAUAAAUUAUUGGCUCUAUCUUGUUGAUUUGAGCAUGAGAGGUUGCAAAAGCUUGAGGGUGUUCUCAAACGUUCGUGAAGACAGCAUGGAAGUGUUGCACUUGUGUGGUGAAGAAGAAGAAGAAGAAGACCGGUCUCUGCGUCUUGACCUUAAUGGGUGCAAGAAUCUUGUCUCACUCCACCAACUUCCAGAUUCUCUUAUAUGCCUAGAUGCAUGUAACUGUGAGUUGCUGGAGACAGUAGAUGGUUUCUUUUACAAUCCACAAGUCAAUGUCCAUUUUGACAACUGCUUGAAACUGAAUGAAGAAGCGAGAGAACUUAUACAGACUUCAGCUUCAAGUCUUGCUGUCUUACCCGGUGGGGAAGUGCCUUCGUACUUCCACCAUCAAUGUACUGGAAGUUCUCUAACAAUCCCUUUCAUCAAAGAUAUGGACAUUCCUGAUUACUUGCGGUUCAAGGCUUGUGUUUUGCUGAGCUCUUUCUCUGGCACACCAAGGACGUUUGGUGUAUCUUGGUGCAUUUUUGACACACGCAAGGCUGAUCCAGUAGGUCAUGGUUUGUGCUUAUUUUCAAAGGAGAAACUAGGAACAGACCAUUUGUUUACAUUCGAAGGUUCUUUCUCUUUGGAAAAAGACAAGGAUCAUGGAGAAGUGGUGGAGCUUUGGUUGGUUUUUCAAAUUGUAAAUGAGCAGAGAAUGAAGGGGUCUUGGAAAUGGGAAAGCGUGGAAGCUGAUUCUCAGAAGUUGAGGAUAAUGGGAUGCGGUGUGAGAUUCUUGGACGUUCUUGGAGAUAUGGGUGGUUCAAGCUAUCAAGUAGAAGAAAAAACUAGCAAAGUAAAGAAAGCAAAUCAUUUUGAGAAAAAGAGAAAGAAGAAAGUGAAUCCAGUUCCCUUUAAGGACAAUGAAAAAAGUUCUGAAGAUCUUUCAGAUACAGAUUCAGGGUUGGGAUACAACAACAGCUUACUCUUCAUUGUCCCCCGACUUCCCCUUGGGAUAUAUUAUAAGGGAUUUUUAUAGUAAACUGUAUAUGUUAAAGCCAAACAAAAGCUACAAGAGACUAUUGUCACUGCGUUAAAACAGAGGAACGUGACUGAUAACUACUACUAAAGGCUGUAUUAAAUGUACAAAUGUAUAGUUUAUACUAAACCGAGUCUAUUAAUGUUAGAUUAUGUUUAUAGCGAUUACACUCUCUCUCAUAUAUAAGAGAGUGAAUGUUACAGAUCCAGUGACAAUCAAUAACAAACGUUUCUUCUUCUAUUAUAGUAUCAGAGCACUGAGCUCGAAACUCAGCUUACUAUCUUCGUUUUCUUUGACCUAAUUUCAUCUUUUUUUUUUUCUCCGAUUGAUUCAUCUACAGCUCUCGUUUUUGAUCUCCUCGUGUUGAGUAGUUCUCUUACCUCUAUCUCUUUUCAUUUCAUUAGUUCUGUUGAUGCAAACUAUAUACAUAUGUAUUAUAAUAAAAUUAAAAGUGUAAACCUUUGGUGGAUAAACAUGUUCAAUUCAUAGUUUGCAUUACCUCUAAUAUAUCAUGAUUUUGGGUUUAUUUUGUAGGCUUGAUAAAACCGGGCCGAACAAUCAUUUGAGCCCAUACGAUAUAUUAGGGGUAUUUUAGUAGUUUAAGUUCACUAUAUAUUCAGCAAGGAACUAGGGCUUUGUUGUAUUUGUAUCGCUGUAAGCAACUCUAGCCGAGCAGAUCUAUCCGACGCAGUUUGUACAGAGAUGGCCAAGUCGAAGAAUCACACAGCGCAUAACCAGUCUGCUAAGGCACACAAGAACGGAAUCAAGAAGCCUAGGAGACACCGUCACACUCCCACCAGAGGAAUGGACCCUAAGUUCUUGAGGAACCAGAGGUACGCGAGGAAGCACAACGUCAAGAGCGGAGAGAAUGCUAGCGUUGACGGAUAAGCUUUUGAUUUUUUUGUCUGAGAAUACAUUUUGUUGUGGUUUUUUUUUUAAUGAAGUUGAGACAGUUUCAGUUCGGUUUUGGAUUAUGGUUAUGUACCCUUGAUAUAAUAUCAUUUUCUCUUAUAUUUUGCAUUUCUUGAUUUGGUUUAGCUUGUUUAAUGGUGUAGACUGUUUCACACUGCUUCUCCAUGUCUAGUGAAUCUAUAUGAUUGGUUCGUAUUCAACAACAAUGCAUGUUAUUA